AUGACAACUGAAUCCCUCGAAGAACACUGGGGACCGUUGUCAAGUGGUCUGUUGAACUCGCCUGAAGCUCUAGGAAUACAAAGCACGGAGAUCAUCGCCAGUCCAGUCUCUUCGGCAUUGGAGUAUUGUUGGAGCACACAGCUUUUGUCCAAUGGACAUAGCGUUUCUGGUCUACAGGAUUUUGACGGUCUGGCAACAGCCGGCUGGAAUCUUUCAAAUCUGCAGACAGCCAACGACGAGAGCACUGUCGACCAUCCUGUUCGUGCUUUCACCGCAUCUGAACCAUAUCUUGGGUCGAGAUACAUAGGAGAGACUGAGAUUUCACGACUCUUCGAAGAUGUGGCGCUUAUUACACUUGCUUUGAAUGAUGCCUACAUCGACCACGAGCCGAUGUCUUCCGGGAUCGAAGCCAGAAAGCCGUUGAUGCAAACCUUUGGGGUUCAUUACCGUCUAGCUCAAUGUUGUGCCAGGAUAGCAAGCGACUUUGACAGUCAGGAAGCUCUUUCACAGUCUAUGGUCUUCACAUCAGAGAAUCUAGACAACUGGUUGGAACAGCUUCAACAGUUGAAAGUUGACGUCUUCACGACACGGCAUCAGCCCGCAUCAGCCAUGACGUGGGAUCCGAGAAUCGCCUCACCGAAUAGUCCGUGUAUGACACCUUCAGAGGGGGAUAUCUCAGCAAGCCUACUCUACUUCGAGCUAGUGUUGUGCGUCUGUGGACGUUUUUCAGCUAGUUCUUUGGGUGACUCAAGCACUGAUAAGAUCGAACAAAGGGUUCUUGAGUCUGCUAUUGAUAUCUUGAAACUACUCGUCGAGGUCGAUCCCACCAAGGCGGGUACAGAUCAGAAUUUGGUGCGCAUUGCCGUCAGUUCGUUCUGCCUCGUUGCGACUUUCAUCUCAAGGGCGAAUGAGCGGGCCACGAUCUUCAGAUAUCUGGUUUCAACGCUCGGUUUCUUCGCUCGGAUGACAAUCAAUUCACCACUCAUGACUCUGGGGAAAUUCAGCUCCGUGGUGGACUCAGUGCAAAAGGUACUCAAGAAUGAUGGUUGA